AUGGUUGACACAGGGAGUUCUGCCGACGUUCUCUACUUCGAUGCCUUCAAGAGGCUCGACUUGAACGAGGGAGGUCUUACCCCUGUGGCGUCAGCACUUACAAGGUUCACUGGGGAUUCCAUCUCCCUGCUUGGGAUCACAGUGCUCCCCAUCACCAUCGGGGAGGAACUGAGAGCGAAAACAAUAAUGACCACCUUCAUGGUAGUCGACCUGCCCUCGGCCUACAAUGUCAUCCUCGGCCGCCCGAUCCUCAAAAAGAUCAAGGCGGUGGUCUCCACCUAUCACAGAACCAUCAAGUUCCCAACCUCGGCUAGGGUUGGGGAGGCCCGAAGUGACCUAGAGGAUUCGAGGCGAUGCUACCUCACUGCGGUUGCUCUCCCAGCAAAGCCGCACCCAACUCCGGUUCUCGACCCCCCUGAAGCACCCAUACCAUAA